UCAAAUUUUAGAACACAGUUGAUUUGAUUCAAGCCAGCUUGAAAUGCUGAAUUGUCGUUUCAUUGUAUGAAUCUGUUUGGGUUUUCAACCCCGAGAAUUGAACUAUACGAUUGUAUAAACGCUUGGACGAAGUGAUGAACUGGUUCCUUGACAGAAGAAGCUGAAGAAAAAAAAAAUCAUUGUGGAACGCCCAUGUUUUGGUAAACUAGCAGGAGGUCCGCAAAAGAAAAAAAAGAUGUUAUCGAAAAAUAUCCGAAAAACUGGAACUUUAUACAAAAAAGGGAUAAGAUGCACGCAGCAUUCUUCAAUGCACAGGAUGAAACAUCAGAUACUGCGCCUAUCGCUUGUACAGAUAUCGAAAAUAGUACGGCAGAUUUAGAUGUUGCAAUGGAGCGUGAAGAAGACAUGAAUGACGAAGAGGAAUCAGAUCAGGAAACAUCAUCAAUACAUGACACUGAUAAAAUGGAUUUUUCCAAUAUGUCGUUGGAAGAUUGCAUAAAAUUUUAUGCUUUGUCAACAAAUCAGUCACACAUCGCAAUCAAUCUGCUGUCUAAUAUAUUAUCAGCUAACCUGGGACGAAGCCUACCAAAAUCUGCUCGAACUCUUCUGAAGACCAGGAGGAAUAAUGACGAUGUUCACAACAUUCCCGGAGGCCAAUUAUGGUAUUACGGUGUUGCUCAAAACAGUAGAAACUACUACAGGUCUAGUGUACCAAAUAUAACAACGUUAUCCAUCAACAUUUCGAUUGAUGGAUUACCAUUGUACAAAAGUAGUAGAACACAGUUUUGGCCCAUAUUGAUGGAUAUUGUGGAACUAGAAAAUGCUCCAGUUAUGACUAUGGGUAUAUUUUGUGGUCAAAGCAAACCAACAAACGUGCAGGACUAUUUGAGAAAGUUGGUGGAUGAGCUAAAAGAUAUCCUGAUAAAUGGCAUUUUGAUCAAUUCUGCUCAAAUCAAAAUCAAUUUGCGUGCCAUUAUUGCGGAUGCACCUGCUCGAGCAUUUAUUAAGGGAUGUGCAUAUUUUAAUGCUACUCAUGGAUGUAUGAAGUGUACCUGUGAAGGAGAGUUUAGUCCCCUUUCAAAUACAACGACUUUUAAAAGCAUCAAUGCCCCUCUUCGUACUGAUAAAGAAUUUCGAGCCGGAGCUUACCCAGAUCAUGUGAAAGUAAUCUCUCCUCUUUUAGAAAUACCCGACAUCGAUAUAAUAAGAGAUGUCAUAAUUUCAGAAUCCCUACAUUUGUUUUACUUAGGUAUAUUGAAAAGACUUUUAUUUGGAUGGAGAGAUGGCAAGUUAGGGAAAUUUUACAAAUGGUCUGGUAUGCAAUGCGAUAGUGUAUCAGAGCACCUAGUAGGUAUAGAAUUGCCAUCGGAAAUACAUAGAAGGUUUAGACGAUUAGAUGAGUUAAAAAAUUGGAAAGGUACUGAGCUAGCAUCAUUUUUACACUACGCUGGAUUGGUGGUUUUGAAGGUACUUCCAUCUGAAGCUUACGAACAUUUUCUGCUACUGUUUUGUGCAGUUACGAUGCUCUCAUCUAAUGAAUUUAAAAAAAUUGGCACGUAGCUGGUAAAAUGUUGGAAACAUUUGUCAUCCAGUAUGGACAAAUAUAUGGCGAACAAUAUCUUACUAGUAACGUACAUAAUUUGCUGCACGUUUUGGAUGAAGUGCGACAUUUUGGACCACUUCCUUCACUUUCCGCUUUUCGAUAUGAAAACAAAUUACAAUUUAUAAAAAAAUCUCUUCGUGGAACCAAUAGACCUUUAGCUCAGGCCGCCAAUAGAAAUAUUGAACUUCAAAUUUUUUUUACGAUUGCUAAUAAUACAGUACCAUCUUACCCAUUAACUAAGAAUAACAAAACAAACGAUUUAUUUAUAACUUCUGGAUUCCUCUUGCAAAACAACAAUCGAAAUGGUUGGUUCUUAACUUUAGACAAGCAAAUAAUUCGUUACCAUUCUUUUGAUUCCGAUUCUGAAACAGAGAUUAGAAUUGAAGGUUUUGUUUUGCCAGGCAAUACAGACUAUUUUCAGUAUCCCAUAAAAUCUAAUCAUCUAUACGAUUUUCGGGGAAACCGGCGCGACUUAAGAAAAACAUCUUCUAUGUUUAAGUUAAGUGAUAUUAAAUGCAAGCUAGCUGCUGUAACAACAAAUGAUGGCGAUGAACAUGUUUUUGUACCUUUAUUGCAUACGUUACGAUGAGUACGAAGU